CUUUAGACAUAGCUCUGCACAGCAUCUCUCUUCAGUUCCAGUUUGGUGAGGCUCUGUGUUUCACCCCUGCAAAUGAAUGCUGUGUGGGUCUCACUUCAGCUGAGAAAUACCAGACAAUAUUGGUAUUUCACACUAAGGUGAACCUUGAGGACACUUGGGAGACUGUAGCUCCUGAAUGUGUGACCUUCCCCUGUGAAGAAAGUCAUGGGGAAAGACAAGAAAGAAGAGGCUGUCUUCCUGAGGAAAAAGAUCACUUUGCUGCGGGCUUUCUCGCUGCUCAUCGGCAGCAUGGUUGGCAGUGGCAUCUUCAUCUCCCCCAAAGGAGUCCUGAAAAACUCCGGCAGCGUGGGCUUCUCCCUGCUCGUCUGGUUUUCCUGUGGGCUCCUCUCCAUGUUUGGUGCCUUGUGUUAUGCAGAGCUUGGAACAAGAAUCACCAAGUCUGGAGGACAUUAUAUCUACAUUUUGGAGACGCUAGGGCCUCUGCCAAGCUUCUUAUUCCUGUGGGCAGAGUUUUUUGCUAUCAGGCCUGCCAACAGUGCUGUGGUUUCCCUGGCAUUCGGGCGCUACAUGCUGGAGCCGUUCUUCGCCCCCUGUGCUGCCCCUGUCCCUGCAGUGAAGCUCGUGUCUCUCCUGGGCUACUACACAGUCCUGACUCUCAAUUCCUGGAGCGUCACCUGGAGCGCACGGCUGCAGACGGCUCUCUCCGUCGUCAAACUCCUGGCCCUUGCACUCAUCAUCGUGCCAGGGAUGAUGCUGCUGGCCCAGGGCCACACCGAGAACUUCCAGGAUGCUUUUGACAGGCAGUCGCUGGUUCUGGAUAAGCUUCCCCUGGCUUUCUAUGCGGGCAUGUUCGCAUACUCCGGCUGGUUUCAGACCGGCUUUGUGCGUGAAGAGUUGGUCAAACCUGAACGAAAUAUCCCCCUGGCUGUCAUCGUGUCUGUGAUCACAGUAAUUGUGGGAUACAUGCUCACCAACGUCUCCUAUUACACAGUCCUGGGAACAGAAGAUGUUUUGGCUUCUCCUGCUGUGGCUGUGAGCUUUGUGCAGCGAGCCUUCAAAAGCCUGAUCUCCGUGGUCCCUGUCCUUGUCGCACUGUCCUGCUUUGGAACCAUGAAUGGAGGAAUCUUCACCUUCUCAAGGACUCUGUUUGUGGCUUCCAGGGAAGGGCAGUGGCCUCCUCUCUUCUCCAUGAUCCACAUUCGAAGGCAUACCCCUCUUCCUGCUGUCAUGUUAAUGUUCCCUUUGGUUACUGCCAUGGUGUGCAUUGGAGACAUCUACCACCUACUGACCUUCUUCAGCUUUUCCCGAUGGCUCUUCAUAGGAUUGGCCACCCUGGGGCUCAUCGUCCACCGCUGCCGUCACCCGGAGCUGCAGAGCCCCUUCCAGGUUCCCCUGUUUGUUCCUGUCUCUUUUACCAUCAUCUGCCUCUUCACAGUGGCAAUGUCUUUCUACUCAGACCCCGUGAACAUCAGCAUUGGAUGCACCAUAGUUUUGAGUGGUUUUCCAGUCUACUACCUCAUCAUUCACAGGCAGAUGUCAGACCGCUGCCGCAACGUAUUUUAUUAUCUUACACACAAACUACAGUUACUGCUGGAAGUUGUCCAACAAGAAAUCAAGACUUACUGAGAAAACCAUCAAAACUCACAGAAGACAAUAAAAAUCUACUUACACCAUUUUUGACACCUUUGAUCCUACCAAAAGCAGUCCAUGCUUUUAUUCUUUUUAGUCAGUGCAACUGAGGAUGACUGAGCCAAAACCUUGCUGCAAGUGUUCCUAAGCUUGCCAACUGGGAUCUGUUCCUGUCCUUUUAUUUUUUUUCAGAAGAGCAAACUAGUUCUCUGAAAUGAGCUUGCUUUGCCUGCAGAGUGUCUUUGAAACUAAGAUCCUAAUUUUGCAGCCUAGCCCAGUCCUGAGAAAAAUUGUGUGUGUGUGUGUACAGAGACAGUAUUUUGUUUUCCUGGCUUGGCAAACAGAGCAUGUUGCAAAACUUAGAAUCCAAUACAUGGAAGCCAAAUGCAAGUUUCAAACAGAACCACUACAGCAGUCUUGUUGGGGAGAGCUAAUUAGAGAUAAGGCAGAUGAAUUGGA